GUUACAGUUGCAAGAGAUGCGAAGUCAACAGGAGCAGUCUGAUGAUCAUUUCCGGUCAAAGCUCGAGCGCGUGCAGAAAGACUUGGAGCUCUGGGCGCAGCGGGUGAAGGAGUUGGAAGAUCAGCUGCGGCGAGCCUUUGAGCUCGAGGCCGCUAGCGGCAAGGAGGACCAGCUUCAGCUGCGCCUGGCAGAGCGAAAAUCAGAGGAAGUUCUGCGGGAACUGAAGAAGAUCCGCGAGGACUUGCACCAGCAAAGCACUCUGAUGGCCCAACAGGAGCAGCGCGUGCAGGAUCAGGAAAAACAGCUCAGCGAUCUCCAGGCUGAGUUGCUCCGCGAGACAGAGGAGCAGCUCGAGAAGCCCCGGGAGCGAGGACCGGAUGGUGAGGAGCUUCCUGACGCCCGGGCCAUCCGAAAGAAGCUGGAGGCGGAUCGCCAAGACUUGCUAAGCCAGCGCUCUUUCCAG